UUUUUGCUGAGCCAUAAAUGAACAUCCACCUAUUUUAAAUCUGACAUAUUUCUCAGAAGGUCAGAGGUCGGAUCAGCUGACUCUUCUGAUGUUGACCUACUGGAGUGGAAGAUUAUUUACAUAAGCUCAAGUCAACAUCCUGUUUUCCUUCAUUUGAAUUGUUCAGUUUUGUUUUUAUUUUUACUUAUUUACCAUUGGGGUUUUUGGAGUCAUUUUGAACUUCAACUUUUGAAACUUUUUUUGAACUGCUUUCAAAAAAGAUAUGACUCUAUUAGUUCUUUGACUGUGAUAACUCCCAUUGGUCAAUACCUUUAAAGAAUGCUUAUGGAUAAUACAUGUUGGGAGCAGGUCUUACUUUUCAGUUUUCAUGCGUCCAUAAGAAUGAAGAGCAUUUGAUGCAACCAUGGAGGACGAGCCUCUGGUGCUGGAAGACGGAAAGGAGGUCACACAGGAACAAAUAGGACUCCUUCACAAACGGGUCGAGGAACUCAAACUCUCUAAUGAAGCCCUCCUGGCAGAAAAUGUCCUGUUUGAGCGGUUUAUCAGCCACCUGGAUCCCCAGGACCUGCUGGCUCAGACUGGCGGAGAAGGUCAGAGAACAACCGGGAGCUCCCAGCUGGAGGGAGCAGGUAAGAGGCGCCGGUCCCGGUUCAACGUAUCCGAUCAGCUCCAGCUGCUGACGCCGGAGCAGAAACUCUUCGUGGCUCAGAGGGAAGUCACAGAAUCACAGGAGGAGCAGGAGAAACUCAGACUGAGAUAUAGAAGCAUUCAGGACAGCCACAAGGCCUCUUUGGAGGAAGCAGAGCUGUGUCUGACUGAGAUCAGGAAGAUGAAGAGCAAGUUUGACCGCAGCGCGCCCAGACCUGAGAAGCACCGCAGACGGGAAAAGACUCAGAUUCUCCAGUUAAGUGAAGACAAGAUACAGGUUGCGCAGCUGCGGAUGUCGGCCCUGAAAAACCAGGCCCUGAAGGGCCAAGAGAAGAAGCUCCGGAAGCAGCUCCAACAGAAGAAAGAGGCAGAAAAGGUUGAUGAGGAAAUAUUCCUGGACUACAGUAAACCAAUGCUUCACAUCAACUGGGAUGAACUUCGGGUCAAAAGUGUGAAAGCUCAACGUCUCCUCAGCUCACACAUGGAACGACUGCAGCGUGUGACUUCUGAGUGCGAAGGACUGAACACGGCCAUCACCAGAAAAAGACAGAUGGCUGCCAAAAUUGAGGAGGAGAUCCGACACGCUGAGGAGGAGUGUUUGAAAGCAGAAUCCCUGAACAGACACCUCCAGCGGCAUCUCUCAGACUACGGACAGGGUCCUGACGCUAUGGAGCAUUUCCAUGUGAAGGAGAAACACAAGAGACUGCAGAGGAGCGUUCACAUGUGGGAGAGAAAGGUUGGCGUUGCUGAGUUAGCCUUGAAGAUGGACGGAGCAGCCCGGAGCAAACAGGCGGCCAUUGUGACUCCUGUGAGCAGCGCCGAGGCUGGAGCUCGGUCCGACCAAGGCCACAUUCCAGGAAACCCCCACGUGGAAUAAAACAUGAAACAACCUCACCAGAUAC